CAGCAACCUCCACGCGGUGAGACCUGGAAAUCGAUAUUACUUGCAUUUUAAUAAAGCGUAUAAUAUUAUUGUGAACAAUGCAAGUACUGUCGAGCUAAUUGGCUGCAUUUAGUUGUUAUCGCACUGCUAUUAGUCAUACUAAAAGCAUAUUUUAAAUCUAAUAUCCAUGUUAUAUUUCUCUUGACAGCAUUUAAUUCUAGUUCCAAGAAUAAUAAGAACGCUACGAAUCGUUUCUAGUGGUUCUGUCGAUAAGGUAGAAUGUGACUAAAAAAUCUGAAAUUUUACUGAUAUUACAAUCAUCAUUUUUUAUCGUUUGUUGAACCAAUUAAUAGCUUGUUGUGUUUUAAUUUUAAUGAUCUAAUUUACUUUUUAUUUUUCAAUUAUUGAUAUUUAAUCGUUAUCAUACGUUAUAUGUAUAAUCAAUAUAAUAUAAACUACAGCUGAUAAAUAUCAAGUGAGUCGAAGAUGGAGUGUAAUAUGGAUCGGUGUUAUAGCGAUAUACGCGUAUCAGGAUCAUUGAAAACGUUAUAAAAAUUCGACUCAAAAGUAACGGCCUUUAUGUAAAUGUCUCUUUAUCGCUGUAUAAGUCGUCACGUCGAAUCGAUCGCACCAAGCUGAUGUCUCCACAUUUUUUUUCUCGAAUCACCUUGUCGAUCAUAACCUAUAACCACAUGUGUAUAUUGAUCUUUCAUUUUCAUUUCAAUUGAUUUUAAGUGUAACAAGAAAUACGGCUGCAAUUAUGGCAAACACUUUGCACAAGGACGGAUACGAGAUACAAAGUUUAACUAUGCGUGGAGGCAGUGGUGCUGUUGGACCAAAUGCUGAUAUGAAAUUAGAGCCAUCUAGUCCUACGGAAAAGUAUACUUUCUCUCGUUGUAGUAGUACAGGCUCUGUAAAUACUGCAUCCUCGUCUGCUCAUAAUACAGGUGGGUUUGAUUUGAUUUCAGAGGAUGAAGACAGUGAUAAUAAAAAUUCAACGAUAAGUUAUAAAGAACGACGUAGGGAAGCUCAUACUCAGGCUGAACAAAAGCGUAGAGAUGCCAUUAAAAAAGGAUACGAUUCGCUUCAAAAUUUAGUGCCUACUUGUCAACACACCGAUUCAUCCGGUUACAAACUGUCCAAAGCUACGGUUCUUCAAAAAUCUAUAGAUUAUAUACAGUUUUUGUUGCAGCAAAAAAAGAAACAAGAGGACGAACGUAACGCAUUGAGAAAAGAAGUUGUCGCUCUACGUAUUAUGCAGGCCAAUUACGAACAGAUUGUGAAAGCGCACCAAACGCAACCUGGUCAUGCAGAAAUGCGUAUAUCGGAUGAAACGAAAUUCCAAGUGUUCCAGGCGAUUAUGGAUCGUUUAUUUCAAAGUUUCAACAACAUCUCCGUUGCGAAUUUUGCAGAAUUGUCCGGUUGCGUGUUUAGUUGGUUAGAGGAACAUUGCAAGCCUCAGGUGAAUCAUCCAACUUAUUGUUUAUCCAGACAUGUUGCCAAAAAGAAAAAGAAACAAAGAAAAAGCAAACAAACGAUAGAAAUAUAUCGGACUCGUUCGCAUUAACGAGAACAAAUUACUUUCAGACUCUUCGCGAGGUAGUACUUUCCGUUUUACAGCAACUCAACAACCAAAUCAGCUAGUCGAAUGUAUCGUCGGAGUUGUCUCCAUCGCACAAUAUCCCUGUUUUAUCAACGUGUAUCUAUAUCUUUCAAAGGGAUACUUAGACCGAUCGUCAAUGAAGUUACCAGAGGGGAUGGGAGAUGAGUGUCGUACAAGAAAUUAACAAAAAAGAAAAAAAAAGAAAAAAAAAGAAUAAACAAACAAACAAAACAAAAAAAAACACAAGAUAAAAAAUAUAUAUACAUAUAUACACAUAUAUAUAUGUGUCUGUGUGUAUAUAUAUACGGGUAGCUUAUAAUGAUCGCACGACGAAAAUAUACAUAGAGAUUUAUUUUAUAUACGAUUAUAGGCAUAGAAGAAAUUGGCGCCAAUCUGUGAUUUUUGGCGUGAAAAAUAUGAAAACGUUGUUAUCAUCGGCCGCGUGUAAAAGACGAUGCGUUGAAUAUUUUUAUCAGAUUUUUCUAUUAAACGAACAAACACACACAUACACACAGGUGCACACACACACACACACAUGCUUCGUCGUGUACAUACUCGCGUAUAUGUAUGACGAGACGCGACAUAUGUAUAUCGAUGUGUAUCUAAAUAUGUACAUACAUAAGAAAAAAGAUCUACGAGAUCGCAGCUUGGAAUAAAAUUUAAUACCUCACAGACUCUUAAA